AUGGUUACCCUCUCCCAACCUACGACACUGCUGUACUCAUGGCGAACCGCCCUUAUAUUUGCAGCGCUCAUUGCAAAAUUCAUACUAGCUGUUCAACCGUCAUACAUUCAUCCUGACGAAUUUUUCCAGUCGUUUCAGAUAAUAUACAAUGACAAUCUCCCCUGGGAGGUAGCAGAAAAGGGAAACAUUAAUAGGUCUAUUGUGCCAUUGCUCAUUACACAUUACCCGGUAAUAUGGUUUGGCACUAAAGUCGGAUUAGAUCCUUUCCAGAUCUAUCUCCUAGUCAGAAUCCAACUUACCAUAGUUUCGUGGAUCAUAACAGAUUGGUGCUUAUACAGGCUAGCACCAUUGAAACAUGAGCGAAUUAAAGCAACUCUUUUCACAAUGACCUCGUAUCUUACCCUUGUACACCAGACGCAUACAUUUUCGAAUUCCAUGGAAACAUGCUUACUUUUACCAACUUUGUAUAUCGUUAACGAUAUCCGUUCCUACCUUGAGCGCAAUACUCCAGGUCAGAGUUACAGUGUGGUGAAAUUGUGUGCACUUGGUGCACUUAUAUCUCUAGGUGUCUUCAACCGAAUUACUUUCCCAGCCUGGAUAUUGAUUCCUUCCUUUUUCCUCUUGAAAUUCUUCUUGAAACAUCCGUUCAUUUCAUUUAUCCCAAUUAUUAUAUUUAUACUAACAUCAGUGCUGUUUAUUGUGGUAGAUUCACUGUAUUAUAGUACUGCUCCAAGCUAUGUUAUAGCACCACUGAACAACUUGGUGUACAAUAUUUCAACCGAUAAUCUCAGAAUACAUGGGAUUCAUCCUCGCUAUACACAUAUUUUGAUCAACUAUCCUCAAAUGGUGGGGCCGUUGUUUUUCAUGAUCUUCCCAUUCACUAGAACAUAUACCAGGACAACAACAUUUCUGGCCGUCAUUUCAGGGUUUUUGACUUUAUCCAUAUUCCCGCAUCAAGAAUUACGCUUUCUUCUACCAGCUGUACCAUUACUCUCCACUCUGAUUAGCUUUUCGAAUCCAGCCUUCUCUAUUUUGAAAAAAUACUUCAAGAUUGCUCUUUCACUUUGGCUUAUAUAUUCAUCGAUACUUUCGGUAUUUUAUGGCUACUUCCACCAAGCAGGUAUCAUACCUGCAAUUGCGGAAAUCAACGACAAUGUAUUGACAUCAUCAUUAUCAAUAUCAUCCUCUUCUCAUACUACAACAUUGCUUUUCUGGAGGACAUACCCCCCACCAACGUGGAUGCUAGACAAGCUUCCUAACCCAUUAUAUUUGUCAAAGCAUGAUGAUGGAACUAUUCCUUUAGACUUACCUUACUGCAAUCGGAAUUAUGUAAUUGAUCUCAUGGGAUCAUCAUUGGAAACCUUACUUGCUGUAGGCAACAAAAUGAGCUCCUCUUGUCCAAAAAAUAAUAUAUAUUUGGUGGCUCCUGUUAAUGCAAUGCUUGACAUUGACACCUCAUCGUACAGUAUUAUAUGGAAAACUUUUUGGCAUUUGGAUAUGGAUCACUUUGAGUAUGAUAAGCACGGCAUAGAUACGUUUACUCCGGGUCUCGGUAUCUACAAUCUCAUGUAG